AGUUUAUUGAGGAGUAGCUGCAACGAGAAGAGGGAGCGAGGAGAGGUGGUGGUGGGGGGUAAAGCUUUUCACAUGAGACCCUGCAGAGAGGAGAGGAAGAAGGAGAGGAAGAAAGGAAGAAUCGGAUUUCUGAGCCCCCCUCUCUUUGUCGAGAGUGAAUUGUUUAACUUGUUGAUGCAUCGUUAUUUUUUUUUCUUUUCUUCCUCUUCUUCUUGUCUGGCUGCAGUGAGUGAUAAAUGGCUGGUGGAAGUAUUCUCCUCCGAGAAUUAGAUUGAACUCAUGGUGGAUAAUGAUUGGAAUUCUUUAAGGUGGGUCGUUGUUUUAUUUUAAUGCUGCUUAAUGUUGAUUUUUUUUUAUUUAAUUUGUAUUCUGCCGCACAGUAGGCUCCCAUAACUGAACAGUUGGGGAAAAGGCGAUGCGCAAUUUACGCUUCUGCUUUUGGACGCAUUCUGUGAAACUGAGGCGCUUCAAUCAUCAUCACUUGGGGCUUUUUUUUCCCCCUUCUUCUUUUUUUUUCCUCCUGCCUGCAUGCAACUGAUCCCCGAACCGUAGCACUGUGAAAACGCGCGGAGAAGCAAAAGAACACUACAGGUCAGCAUGGCAGCAGGUGUAGCGGCGUGGCUUCCCUUCGCCCGCGCGGCGGCCAUCGGAUGGAUGCCCGUGGCGAGCACCCCUAUGCCGAUCCCUCCCCAGGACAAGAGGAAAGCCCAGGACGGACUCAUCAUCCUCAACGUGAGCGGCACCAAGUUCCAGACGUGGCGGACCACGCUGGAGAGGUACCCGGACACCCUGCUCGGCAGCACGGAGCGGGACUUCUUCUUCCACGAGGAGACCAACGAGUACUUCUUCGACCGUGACCCCGACAUCUUCAGGCACAUACUGAAUUUCUACCGCACGGGGAAGCUGCACUACCCGCGCCAGGAGUGCAUCUCCGCGUACGACGAGGAGCUCGCCUUCUUCGGCAUCAUCCCCGAGAUCAUCGGGGACUGCUGCUACGAGGAGUACAAGGACCGGAGGCGCGAGAACGCCGAGCGGCUCCAGGACGACGAGGAGAUGGACAUGAGCAACGACGUGACGCCGGUGAACCUGACGUUCCGGGAGUACCUGUGGCGGGCGUUUGAGAACCCGCACACCAGCACCUUGGCGCUGGUCUUCUACUACGUGACGGGAUUCUUCAUCGCCAUCUCGGUGAUGGCCAACGUGGUGGAGACGGUGCCGUGCGGCACGCUGCCCAACAGGUCCAAGGAGGUCUCGUGCGGGGACCGUUACGCGCUGGCCUUCUUCUGCCUGGACACGGCGUGCGUCAUGAUCUUCACGGUCGAGUACCUGCUGCGUCUGAUCGCUGCGCCCAGCCGCUGCAAGUUCAUGAAGAGCGUGAUGAGCGUCAUCGACGUGGUGGCCAUCAUGCCUUACUACAUCGGCCUGGUGAUGACCGACAACGACCAGGUGAGCGGCGCUUUCGUCACGCUCAGAGUCUUCCGGGUCUUUCGGAUUUUCAAGUUCUCCCGGCACUCGGCGGGGCUGCGCAUCCUGGGCUACACCUUGAAGAGCUGCGCCUCCGAGCUGGGCUUCCUGCUCUUCUCCCUCACCAUGGCCAUCAUCAUCUUCGCCACGGUCAUGUUUUACGCAGAGAAGGGCUCCUCGGCCACCAAGUUCACCAGCAUCCCCGCAGCGUUUUGGUACACCAUCGUCACCAUGACAACCCUGGGGUACGGCGACAUGGUGCCAAAGACCAUUGUAGGGAAGGUGUUUGGGUCCAUAUGCUCUCUGAGUGGGGUGCUGGUCAUUGCCUUGCCUGUCCCUGUCAUCGUGUCAAACUUCAGCCGGAUCUACCACCAAAGCCAGCGGGCGGAGAAACGACGUGCUCAGAGGAAAACUCGCCUCGCUAGAAUCCGUGCUGCGAAGAUUCGGGGCACUAAUGCCUAUAUGCGCUACAAACAAAACGGGCUCCUGAUCGACUCGCUGGAGGAGGCCUCUAAGGAAGCAGGACAAGCCUUGGUGGUAAAGGCCGCCACCCCACCUUUUGAGAGCCAGCACCAUCAUUUGCUGCAUUGCUUGGAGAAAACCACGAAUCACGAGUUUGUGGAUGAGCAGACGUUCCAGGCCAACUGCAUGGAGGUCUCCGUGGUGAACAAGGCGGGCUCUCGCUCCUCCUCGCUGUCCUCGUCGCCGCACGGCCUCGGCUCGUGUUGCUCCCGACGGCAUAAGAAGAAGAGCAGCUUCAGCCCCCCGAGCACCAACAACCAGGAGCUCAGCACCAUACAGAUAAGAGAAAGGCCGGUGUCCAACAGCCGUGCCAGCCUGAAUGCCAAACUGGACGAGACUGUGCCCUUGAAAUGUGACGAAUCCUACAUCACCCCGUCCAUGGUCAGCCUGUCUGCCCCGGUGGUGACCUCAGCAGACGAGGACGCCUCCACCACCACAGCGUACUCUCAGAGCAACAUUGUCCGAGUAUCUGCCUUGUAGAUGUCACGUCUGUCUGAUCUGAUCAGCUAACUGGUCUCAAGUCGCACCAGAUGCUGAGGAGAGGGACCACCGAGCAUCAACCUGCCAUAAUCAAGAGGGAUUAUAAGAUUAACAGAGGUUGGAUUUUUUUUCCUCUUCUUUUUUUUUCUCCUGAAGUAGAAAAUUUCAUCUGAUGUCAAACUCUGCAUGGUAUUAAAAGCGGUGUGGACAGCUGCCCUACAAGCGAACCAGCAGAUCUUGCUUCCUUAAGCACAGCCGAACGGAGGGAAGACUUUGGGAUUUCAUGAUCAUCAUUGUUGCCUAAAAUAAUGAAGAAAAGAAAAAAAACUUUAUUUUUGAAUAAGUAAUGUAGUUGUAUUUGUUGUCUCUGACUCGAAGGUGGAAAAGGCAGAUGUUUAGAGAUCAUUCCCAAUGGCCUCUGAUAACAAAGCACAUGUUUUCAUCGUCUCAAGGCCAUCUUUGUGAAUAAUAAAUCAGCUUUGAUUCCACAUUCACCUCACCACUUGGUUAAACAAGAUUGUUUUGAAACUCUUUAAUUAAAUGCUUUAUCUUCCCUCCUCCUCCUCUUCCUCUCGCUGUUGUAAAGUCUGAAAACUUACAUCCGGAGGAAUGGCCAAACCGUUGUGAAUAUUCAUUUACUGACUCAUGAACUAGUUCGAUGUCAUUGCUUGGUGAAUAAAACACACACUGCUCAUCCUGA